GUUCAAGGCAAGGCAGGGAAUGGAUUAGAAAAUUACAAAAUUACAAAUGGCUUCCGUUUCCAACUUUCGGCUGCCGUAAUUAUUUGAGGGCAUGGUUUUUUGAAAUAAGAUCGUUCAAUUAGUCGAAACGAACGUGCAUUCGAACGAUUUGUAAGGGUACUUAUAGGUGCCGAUAACCAUGGGUAUACAAGAUCUACAAACGUUUUUAGAAAACGAAGGAGUAGGAGUAGAUCUAUUUAGAAUCGCCAGAUCUCAUCCUGGCGGAUUUAGAUUAGUACUUGAUGCCGAGGGAUGCCUUGACCGUCUUUACGGCGGAUAUUUUUCUGAUUGGGCUUGUGGAGGCCAAUGGGCUAGAUGUGUCCAGUUCCUAACAACAUUAGCGCAGGCGCUAGCUGAACACCAAGUUGCUCUUUGUAUUUGUUUCAAUGGGGCCCAUCCAACACCACCAGCCUUACCUCAGCACUGGAUUCAAACCCAGGCUACAUAUAGACACAGAGUUAAUUCUGUAUUGCGUCACAUUGUCACAAAGGGAACACCACCACCCAAAGUAUGGUGGGUGCCACCUACAGGACUGCACUCAUGCCUCAGAACUGCAUUGAGAUAUCUGAAUAUUCCAAUUAUGGUAUCUUCUGAUGAUCAUUGUCAAGAAGUUGUGGGUCUAUGUAGAGAGAAGGCAUAUGCUGGGUUAGUUGGGUGUUCAGGAGAGUAUUUAGUAUUCCAGCCACCAAGGUAUUUUAGUUCAUCGCAAUUAAAACUUACAUACAGAUCAUCUUUGGAGACAAAGGAGUAUAUGGUUCAUGAACUACCUAAAGUAUUAGAUGUGCCUCAAGAUCGUUUGUGCCUUUUUGCUGCACUUCUUGGUGGAGUGAUAUUGUCUGAACAAAGUCUGACAGACUUCUAUAAACGUCUUGGAAUUAAUCAGAAAAAGCAACAAGUUCCUCCAGAGACGUUAAUUAAAACAAUCGGCCAGUUUGUCCAUGACUUACCUUCGUCAGAUAUUGAUGCUGCUUGCAUUGAAAUCUUUGGUGAUCUGAAUGAUCUCCGUGCUGCUAAACUUAAACAAGCCGUACAGUAUUAUUUUAAUGGAACCAAAGAUGGCUUCCUCAAGUAUAGAACCGCUUCUGGUCGUCGCCCAAAGAGUAACAAAAAGAACCAAAAACCUGAGAUUAGUCCUCAGUCAACUUCAACAGAUCUGGAUACUUCCAAACUAGCAGCAGAGUCAUCAGAGCAUGAGCAAAAAGGCUUGGAAGAUUACAAAUUGGCCACAGCAAACGCGUCGAUGAACGCAGACUAUAGCUUAGAAGAACAUUGUCAUGAGUUGAGUCAUGGAGUGGCUGCUAUGACCCUUGAAGCAGAUGGAGAGCCAACCAAACCACAGCCAGUUGAGAAAACACACGAUAAAAUCGAGAAAUCAGCAUCCAAGGAGGGAAUUCAAACUGUUAGUGCUAAUUUGCAAAGUGAAGAUAAUUGUCCCAGUGCCCCAGCGGAGGUACUCCGUACUUGUGCGGAGCGCCAUACCCGCGGUUUGAUGCAUCCACAGAUGCUUUCCAUACUAACUCACAGGCAAAUUACUCUGCCCGUAUUAAUGGAGGAUGACAACCACAGGGAAAUACCCUCCAUACACCAUUUCUACAGACCAAUACGCCAAAACGUGUAUGCUAUAUUAUAUAAUAUGCAUCAUCACCGGUUUAUGGCUCAAAAAGCUAAAGAGGAAGGUACAGCAUCUGCUAGCAGUGAACGCCCAUGCACAGUACAAGUCGCUGAAUGGAUUUACUCAAAAGUAAAUCCAGGUAAAAGUCCAGAAUUUGUACCAGGUGUUGUGCUCGAUUGGCCUGUGCCUACUGUACAAAGACUUUGGUUUGGAACUGCGCAAGAUGACAAAUGUCGUCGUAUGAGAGCUUUCCUCUCUUGCAUGAAAUCAGAUACACCACUCAUGCUAAAUACAUCUUAUGUUCCACAACAUCUGCUCAUUUUAGCUACUGUGCUAAGAUUUAUCAUGACAUCUCAGAUUCAAAUAUUAAGACGACAGGAGUUAGAUGCAUUUUUAGCUACAGCUUUCUCUAGUGAUCUCAUGAAUGCUCUCCAUUUGCAGGAGAUGACAGUGAACGGCAUAAGCUCCCGCGGCGUGCAACUCGGCGCGCUAGUAAUGGCCGGCGCUGAAGCCGCCCUGCUCGCUAACGACGCGUGCGGCGCGCCCGUGCCGUGGCUCGUGGCCGCGCCGUGGCUGUACUUCGACGGCAAGCUGCUGCAGCGCAACCUGCACCGCGCUAACCAUUGCAAGCAUCUCGCGCAGCUCUGUGAUAACCACCUGGAUACUGUUGUUAAGGUGGAGCGUAUGAGAAAAGCUAUACUGGAGGGUCUAGAAGUGGAGUUCGCUAUGCCCCCACUCCCUCUAGUGGGCGUGGUUGGUGAGCCGCUCGGUUGGCGUGGGCGUGGUCGUGGUGCGAGGCUAGAGAUCGCCGGCGUUGUUGUGGGACAGUGGGGAGGAGGCAGCUAUCCACCACGCGCUACACGAUACCCACAGGUGAGCUACGUGGGCUACACGCCGCCGCCGCGCAACGCGUACAGCGGGCGCGGGUGGCGCGGCGGGCGGGGCCGCGGGCGCGGGCGCGGCGCGGUGCAGGCGGCGCGCGGGGGGCGGGCGCGGCGCGCGAGACGCGACACUGACGAACCCGCGCGACCUGCCACGCUCACGGUUAAUGGGAGAACAGUGAGAUCUGACGAGAUGAGUCCUCCAGCCGACGAUGGAAGCCCGCACGAAGACAACAAUGUUUUAGACAAUGACGCCGAAGGAGCACAGCAACAAAAAACAAAGACUGGAAAAAAUGCCAAGAAAACCAUGGGGAAGGGUAAAAAGAAGAGCGCUGGGAAGGCUGAUGUGGCUCAAUCCUUGGAAGCCAAUGGGCCGCUUGAUAAGAACAAGGUGGCGGAGCAAACUAAUAUCUCUGAUAAGGAACAUAUUGGUCAGGGUGACGCGCCUGUUUCUAAUUAAAUUAUUUUUAUUUUAACGAGGUAAUUAUUAUGUAUUUAUUUACAGUCUUUUUAUAGCAUACUAUAUUUAUUUCGUCUUUUUCUGUAGUUCUGUAGGUUUUGUAAUGCCAAUGAUCAUUACAAUUGACUUGUUUCAUCUCGAGUUGUAAAAACAAUACCUGGCCUUAGCCAGAACAAUAUACUAAGACACCGGUUUUGGGCAACACUAUUGCAGUAAGAUAGCACGUAUCUCGUAAUUUAGCAAUGUAACAUUACAAUGGUAUAAGAAUUAAUAUUGUUGCCGAUAAGUUGACACUAAAGUAUACGUGCCUAAACAUCUAAAAGACUUCCCGAUGUUGAGACUGAUUUUAUAUUAAUUCGACACAUUUAGUGUUAAAUUAAUCGUAAUUUCGAAGAGAAUCUGACAAAAAGAGCGAAUUUUAACGCUUUUAUCCGAACACGACUUUACGCUCAGGGUGUUUUGUCUAAUAUUGUGACGAGAGCUAUACAAUAAAAAAAUAUCCGUUUCAAAAGUGACAAAAUAACGAGUCAUUAGCUUUUUGAGGUGUAUAGAUUGUCUUUAAAAAAGAUAAACGCCUCGACAUCCAUUACGUGACAAGUGAUAUUUAGUGAAUAUAUAUUUAAAUUAUCAAGUUGAUUCUUAAGUCAUGUUUUAUUAAAAGUGAUAUGACUUAGUAGGUAAUGUGUUUAUUUUAGCAUAUGAAUAACUGAGUCGGCAUUAUUUAUUUACACAUAGUAUAUUUACAAUUUACCAAAAUGUCUUAUUUUUAAGCUCGGUUUGGUCUAUGAAAUCCAUUAUAAAUUAUAUAACAAUAAAUAUUAUAUUUUUUCUUAUCAUUAAAUAAAAUAUUAUUUGUAACAUAUAAUGUUAUCGGUUGAUUCACUUUUACACCUACAAAUUGUAUGAUUGUUAUUUAUAUACCUACUCUAUAACCUAUGUGCAUUGUAUAAGCCUUGAUUCCAUAUUACAAAUAUUGUUUAACGAUUAAAAUAUUCUCCUUUUUUAUAUAUAUAUCGAUGAUAAAAAAAUCUGUUUCUUUACAAAUCGAUUUCAUAGAUUAAACCUUAUGUAUUCAGACUUGUUUUUAGGAAAUCUUGGUGUAUAUUUAGGCGUUAUUGAAUGAAUGUGAGAUUGUUCUGUAAAUGUAUUGUUGUAACAUACUCCUGCGAAUUAUGAGCAAUAAACUAUUAUUUGUUAAAAUACGUGCCUUUAAUGCACGGAUAAGAAAUUGCAUAAUAUAUGGAUCUUUUAUGCAUAAGCAUGUUACAACGAUAUUGCGUAUAUUGUUACAGUUGUUGAAAAUUUUGUCCUCCCAAUAUCUUUUGAUAUACUAUUUUCAUAUGCACUUGUUUGUCGGACAUUUGAUAACAUAGUGGUAGGAGGAUGAUGAAAUUAGGAUUAAAAAAUCGCAUUUAUUGAUUGAUGGUUGGUGCUUUGAAAAUUAGUCUGUGGGACUGCCUGAAACGAGUCUGAAACUUAUAGAUAUAAGUCUAACGCUAGACCUUUAAUGGAACUGAAAGAACAUUCGCGUGUUGAGUUUUCCACAUCCUAUAGGGUAUUAUUUCGAUAGAAUAUCGUAGAGUUGUUAGUGAUAUAUUUAUAUGCAUUUUAGGAAUCUCAAAACUGCGAAUGUUCUUCAAUUUAUAUGUAUUUUUGUAAAUUUGUUAUAUUGUUAUACUUAAAUUUAGCUGGAAUGACUUACAAGAAACACAUAAGACAAAGUCUUAUCGUUUACUCGAUUGGUGAAUAAAACUGUUAACAUCUCAAAGCAACAUUCCAUAUUAUCCAAUGAAAACGUUCGUAAUACCUGUAAAGUACUAAACAGUUGACACCAAUAGAGAAUGGAACUAAUGAAGACUUUACAAUUUGGAACGCUUUAUUCCCUGGCCGGAACGGAGACAAAUAUGUUGCCAGAAUAACAUAUUGAUUUUAACAAAGGACACAAUAUGAUCAGAACAAGUCGAAAAUAUACAUUGCGACGAUACGGUCGUUAUAAGUGAUCGCCAAACAAAGUAUAAUGUAAUUACGCAACAGACUUUAUAUCCGUCGCAGAAGCGAUCGGAAUAGCUCGUACGGCGAGCGGCCGGCGGGCGGCGGGCGGCACGCAACCGCGCCGCCCCCUCGCGAGUAGCUAGCAGUCGUUACGCACGACGCAAACUUAUAUAAACAUUUAUAUAUUAUUGCUUGCUUAUUCAUAAACACAAUAUUGUAGAGUUAGAAUUUUAACUUCAAUGUAAUUUCAUUUUAUUAAGAGAAUUGUGUAACGUCAAAAGCAUGUUUAGUGGGGACGGUUAUAUUUCAUGGGAUGCAUGUAUAAGAUUAGACGGUUUAUAACUAAUGGGCACUAUUUACAACAAACUUUUAAUCUUACGGAAAUUGUAUAAUAAAAUUUCCUUUUAUGUUAAUGUACCGUAUGUGUGCUGCUUAAAUGUUUAAAUGUCACAUAUAAUAUUUCAAAAUGUUAUAAUAUUAGCGCUGAUUCCGAGAAGGAAGUAGUUUUUAUUUUUAUCUUAAAACCAAUAUUCCGUAUAGUUUUAGAAUAUUCAACAGUAUACCUUUAAAUCCAUCUUAUAAACUUAUUUGCUGACAACGGUCACUUAAUAUUUGUCAACAUAUAAAAUAUAUUAGAAGUAUUCGUCAUAUUCAUACCUUUUUCGUAAUUGAGUAGCAACAUGGAACUGUGGCUUUUUGAAAACACUUAUAACUUAAAUUAUAAACUUGCUGUUAGAAAGAUGUUAAAACAAAGUUCAUUACUGUUUUACUUUAUGAACAUUAAACUAUUGGACGAAAUUAAAUUGUAAAGAGUUGUAUUUGUCUUCAAAUAAAAGGUUCCAUUUUUA